AUGUGUCCUUCUUCUAUGCUUGGAAGUGGAUACAACACCCCAGAUCCACAUUCGGCUCCCUAUGUGAAAGCACUGUCGGAGAUUGAAUCCGCAGUACAACGUCAUCCUUCCGCUGACGUCAUCCGUCAUGACGUGUCGAAUGCCAUCAUCAAUCACAUCAACUACACCAAACAACCGUUCGUCGAUGAACACGAAGCAAUGCGUAAACAGAUACAGAAAUCCAAAAAGUAUCUCAGGGAAAGAGACGACCUCGUCGUCACCAAAGCGGAUAAGGGGAAGACUGUUGUGGUGAUGAAGAGGGACGAGUACGACGACAAAAUGCAAACACUAGUCAACGACAGCGACACGUACGAGCCGAUUGCAAGCGAUCCCACCAAGAAGACGCUGAAGAAGAUCAAUGCACUCAUUGAUAUUUGGCAUGAGAAAGGUUUCAUCCCGAAUUCAGAGCGAAUGAAACUAAAGGUUUUCAACUGUAAUCCUCCCCGGGUGUAUGGUCUACCUAAAACACACAAAGACGGUAGACCACUGAGGAUUAUAAACUCCGCCAUCGGCACAGCAACGUAUAAGAUGGCAAAGUAUUUAUCCAGAAUACUUAAUCACGUGACUGGCAAAACGGAACACCACAUCACAAACAGUUUCCAGUUUGCUGAGGAGAUGCGUGAGCAGCAAAUAGGCGAGGAGAGCGUGCUGUCUUCUCUGGAUGUGGUUUCUCUUUUCACCAACGUACCGGUCGAUUACGCACUGGAAUCGAUACGUCUGAGGUGGGACGAAAUAAAAAACCACACCACGCUGGACGAAGAGAGCUUCGAAAUGGUAGAAAUUGUAUUGGAUUCUACGUUCUUCCAGUACCAAGCAAACAUUGUACUGGAAAGAAUAGAGAUAGCUGCGCUGGAGAACCUACGCACUCGUGGAAUUGUGCCUCGUUUUUUCAGACGGUAUGUAGAUGACUGUCUAUUGUGCGCGAGAAAAGAGGAAGUGGCAGCAAUCCUGAAUGAAUUCAAUGGGUUCCACCAACGAUUGCAGUUUACCGUUGAAAUGGAAGCUGACGGAAAGCUGAAGUUUCUGGACAUGAUCCUACGACGCGAAAACAACACGAUCACAACGGAGUGGUUUCCGAAGGAUGUAGAUGGGAGAUAUUUGGAUUUUACGUCUCGCAAUUAUAGCUUUCUACACUAUCGGUGUGAGUGGCCGGGCUGCCAAUCCGUCCGCAGUCGUGGCAACAUCCUCCCCCCGAUGGAACCUAUGGUCUCCUUUAGCUCCAUCAUCCUUAGCCACGUCGAGGACUGCCAUCUUCGCAACGGAACGUCUUUGUAUACCUCUUGCUGUUUGAACGAUCGCCUGUCGGACUGCUCCAUCCGGUGCUGUUAUCGCUUCCAGAACUCGUCCGCGUAUCCAACCAUUCCUUCUAGCCUCGUCAAUGAUGAUGACUAA